UCUGUCAUGUCAGUUUUGUCAAAACUGCAAAUGGUCGACUGAUGUGGUUUUUGUUAAAUAAUUUCAUCGCUUUGUAUUUUAGCAUUUUAUAAACCACGGAAUUUGGACCAAACUAUUUAUUUACCCACUAAAAGUAUACUGGACUAUACCUGAGGAGACCCAGUGUCCGUGAUCUUGAACUCUUAUUGUCAUGGGGCAAUAUUUAUACCUCUUUCAUUAGUUAUAAAACCAAUAGCAUUUUUGGGUUAAUACACCAAUAGCUUAAAUACUGUAACAAUGACAACGUCUUCGGAAGACGUUUUGAUGAGCGUAAGCUACGUACGAUAUAAGAAGGGUGACGGUACCUUGUAUGUGAUGAAUCAGAGGUUGGCAUGGAUGCUGGAAAAUAGAGACACUGUUGCUGUAUCGCACAAAUAUGCUGAUAUUAAAACACAAAAGAUAUCACCAGCUGGUAAGCCUAAAGUGCAACUGCAAGUGGUGCUCCAUGAUGGAACAUGUUCCACAUUCCACUUUGUCAACCCUGCGGGCCCUGAAGCACAGGCUAAGGACCGGGACCAGGUGAAAGGCUUGCUGGUGAAUCUGUUACCUAAGUUUAAGAGGCAAAUUGAUGGAGAACUAGAGAUGAAGUCCAGGCUCUUGUCUCUUCAUCCAACUCUGAAGCAUUUAUAUGAAGACUUAGUAAUAUCAAAAGUGAUUAAUAGUGAAGAGUAUUGGAACACACCCACUUUGAAACAUUAUACUGAAUCUAAUAAUAUUAAGCAGGAGGCGGGUGUUUCCGGGGCUUUUCUAGCGGACAUCCAGCCCCAAACAGAUGGCUGCAAUGGCCUCAAAUAUAAUCUCACACAGGAUAUAAUAGACGCUAUAUUCAAAACAUAUCCUGCCGUCAGAAAGAAACAUAUAGACUAUGUGCCCAACAAGAUGACUGAAGCGGAAUUCUGGACUAAAUUCUUUCAAUCUCAUUAUUUUCACAGGGACCGCAUAGCGUCAUCUUCCAGCAAAGAUUUAUUUGGAGAAUGUGCAAAACUAGACGACCACGCCAUUGCCUCAGCUAUGAAGCACACCACACUGGACCUCACGGUGGAUCUGCCUAAAUUCACGGAGCCUAUUCCACUCUUACCCACGGAAGACGAAGCCCCCGUUGAGAAAGAUAAAGGCGACAGCACGUCCAUACAUAGGAAUAUGAUCAAACGAUUCAACCAACAUUCUAUUAUGGUGCUCAAAGCUAGUCAAAAAACAAAUUCUAGUAGUAGUGAUAGCAAUAAUAAAACUGCAAACAAUAACAAUAAAGUGGUAGAAAAUGGGGUUAAAGAAACAAAUGGCACUGCUGAGAAGAGGCCAGCUAAUGAAAAAAAUGCUUUAGAGCCCGUGGACAAGAGAAGGAGGAUAUUAGAGAAGAUACAUUAUGAAGAUCUAGAAGAUUCAAAUAGGAAUGAAGAUGCACAGGAACUGAAAUUAUCCAAGAUUGAAAGGUAUUUAUUAGGACCGUCGUCGCAAGUGAACCAAUCAGGUUCGAGUACGAAUCACCCGCCGCCUUUGUCGGCUCUAGCUUCAAUAUGUCAGGCGUGGUCGAGCGGGCAGCAGUGCGCGCGGCCGAUCCGCGUCGGCGCGGCGGGCUGUGUGGCCGCGCUCGGCGAGCUCAGCCCCGGCGGCGCGCUCAUGCGGCAGCACCACGCCGCCGCCAUGGCGCAACUAAUUCCGGCCGACGUGAAAUCCGAGCUGAACCGGCUGUACCUGUCCGCGGGGGAGCUGCUCCGCGAGCUGUGGCGCUGCUUCCCCGCGCCCGCCGCGCCCGCGCAGGAGGCGGACAGUGCGCGCGCAGACAACUUCUACGCGGCGCUGCUCCGCUUCAGGAACGUCAAGCUGAGGCCGUUUGAGGAGAAAAUGCUUCACGACCUGACACCACUAGCGACAUCACUUACGAAACACAUCAACCAAAUGAUAGAUGUGGCCUGUACGAAGUACGCGCUUUGGCAACAAAGGCAAGCCAAACUUCGGUAGUAUUGUAGUACCAGGGGACUUAUUCUCGGUGUCAUCCAGACCUAUAUUCUUAUUGUGUUUAUCCAACAAGGCUGGCACAUAACUGCCAUAACCGGUAUCUUACACAGUGGAAUACGCCAAAAUGUCGACAUAAUCCGCACUGGGACUGGAACUGGGUUAUAUUCGUUUACAACUAGGCGUGUAACGUAAAAUGAAAAUCAUCAUCCAUUAAUUACGUCACACGUUUAGGGGAGGGAGGAGGUCAAGAAAAUGUGACAUAUUGUGACAAGGGGAGGGGGGAGUCACAAACUUUGUGACGUCACUUUAACUUCACCUGUAACCGACAAUUGCUUUGAUUUUUUAAAUUCGCUUUACAGUGAAUUAACUAGUUUUUAAAGGAUGAAUCGUUUUUAUUCGUGUUUUUUUUCCUGAUCAGUUUUGUGUCUUCAAAUUAAAAUAAUCAUAUUUAAUUCGAAUUGCUAAUUUCGUUGAAAACAAUAUUGCCAAACAACACAAUAUUACAAUAUUGCUGGGACGUUAGUUAGCCGCGACCACCACCAGUGAAACCUGUGUCGAAACGUCAAAUAUCGGUAAAUAAAGGUAACAAAAUAAAUUGGCGGUAGACCCGAUUGUAAAUGUGAUUUAAUAUGUGUUCAAAACGCGAAAGUUUUAAAUGCCAAAUAUCUGACGUCACACCAGGGGGGAGGGGGGGUUGCCAAAUGUGACCUGGCGUGACAAGGAGGGAAGGAAGGAUAAAAAAAUCAUGAAAUUCGUGUGACGUAAUUAAUGGAUGGCCGCUUAUUUUAAUGGUUUUUAGGGUUCCGUACCCAAAGGGUAAAAACGGGACCCUAUUACUAAGACUCCGCUGUCAGUCUGUUUGUCACCAGGCUGUAUCUCAUGAACCGUGAUAGCUAGACAGUUGAAAUUUUCACAGAUGAUGUAUUUCUGUUGCCGCUACAACAACAAAUACUUAAAAGUACGGAACCCUCGGUGGGCGAGUCCGACUCGCACUUGUCCGGUUUUUUUUCUUGAUAUAUUCAUACUUGUAAGUCAUAGGUUUUGGCUAUUAUAUACCCGUAGGUCGAUUACGGUGACAACGAGAAUAGGUCUACAAUAUGUUUGAAUUAUAAUUAGUGUCAAUAGUAAUUAAAACUGAUCACUUUGAAUGGAACUUGCCAUACAAUGUAACCCGUUUUCAUUGCUUGACUUGAGGAUUAAUAUCAACUGUAAAUUAUACUCUAGAGGGCCUUAUGGACCGUAUCUUUGUAAAUUGUAUAUUCAGGUUAAUUGAAGACUAAGAGUAACUAAUUUGAAUAAUUAUUGGCAUAAAAGAUUUGAAAGAACUCAAAAAUUUAAAUUACUUAAUAUCAAUUAUUACCAAUACUAAAGUGCUAUGUUAAACUGACCACCAAAUAAAGUAAAAUAAAACGUUAUAAAAUUACUUUCUUUUACUGAACAUAGUUAAGUGAUCAUUAAAAUUAAUAAAUCUCCAUUUUAUAAAACAAUAACGAAAAAUUUUACAAAUUACUAUCCCAUUUAAAGCAAAUAACUCCAAAUUGAUUAUUGAUAACCCAAAAAUAGUAAAUGUUCCAAAAACAUCACCUUUAAAAUAUCAAAUGUUUUGCUAAUAAUAGUAAACUCACUAAGGAUGUAUUAAAAGUAAAUUAUAUCAAAACAAGACAAUAUGCAGUAAGUAAGUAGGUACUCUAAUUCAACCAAAUUUCAACGGCUCCGGUGCUGAGGAGAGUGCAGUCCCCUUCCGCAUCUCCCGCUUUGCAAAAACACUGGGGCAGGUCAAACAAGACUACAUGGAUAGUAUUGUACCUACUCUGAUUAGCUUUUUGUGACGAAUUAAUUUAAAUCUUUGGGUAGCAACAGUAACUUAAAUUUCGGUGAUCACUUACCACUUUUGGUGUUUGAAUAUUAGAAGUGCAGUUAUGAUUAAAAUAGGUACCUAGAGAGAGCUUGGGGUAUACAUAAUUUGUUGGUCAUUAAAUUUAUUUGUUGCCAAAAAAAUCAGUAGUUAAUACAUAAUCAACCAUAUUUGUAUUUAUCCAUAUAAUGUCACUGUGUUGUGGCUACUUCUAGUGCAGUUAAAUUUAUGCAUCGAUUUACUUUUAUUAUGAGUGACAAAAAGUCUAAAUACGAUUUGUUUAGGUACAACUUGGAUCUGAACAUUUUGUAGGUUUGCUUUCUAAUUUUCAUAAUUAUAGAAGCAAAGCAAAACUUAAAUAAACAGGUGUUAAAGAAAAUAUUAAUAUAAAUAAAAAACACAACAAAAGCAAUAAUUAAUGUCAUGUCUUAUAUUUUAAUAACUAUAACUAUGGUCUUGUAAUUUAAAGGACAUUAUGAUGUUAACGAGGGAAGUGUUAUGGUAUGUCAUUUUGUACACAAUAA